AUGGAGUCAUCCGCAUCCCCCGCACCGCACAAACGACGCAUCCCCGGCCUGCCCAACCCGGUGGUAGCAGCCGCGCAGCAAAAAUGGCUAUUCACAGACGAAGAGUUGGAACGCACGCCCUCGCGCAUCGAUAACAUCAGCCGCGGGGAGGAGGACCACAUCCGGCACCGCGCGGUGGAGUUUAUCUGGCAGGUGAGCAUGAUGCUCAAGAUGCCGCCGCAGACCUCCAUGACCGCCACGGUGUUCAUGCACCGCUUCCUCAUGCGCUACUCGCUCCAGGGCCAUUACCCGGAGAUAUCCUCGAACCUGAUGCAUCCCAAGGUGAUUGCAGGGGUGGCGCUAUUCGUCGCGUUCAAAGUGGACGAGACGAUGCGGCGCAUGAAGGACUUCGUGAUCGCCUGCUGCCGCGUCGCACUUAAGAAGGCCGACAUGAUCGUUGACGAGCAGUCCAAGGACUACUGGAAAUGGCGCGACCUCCUCCUGCAGAACGAGAGCACCAUGCUGGAAAUCCUCUGCUUCGAUCUGCAGCUCGAGUCCCCCUACCGCAUCCUGUGGGACUACUCGCUUUUCUUCAACGUCCAGGACAACCGGCCCCUCCGCCACGCGGCGUACGCCUUCCUCAACGACUCAACUUACACAGUGCUGUGUCUCCAGUUCUCGCCGCGUGUCAUCGCCGCAGCGGCGCUUUACGCGGCCGCGCGACACUGCAACGUCGCCUUCCCGGACGACGACGAGGGCCGCCCCUGGUGGGUCCGCAUCGAUGUCCGCGUCGACGACCUCAUCCGCGCCUGCAAGCUGAUCAUCCAGAUCUACGAGCGCGUCCACCAAAACCUGAGUAAGGGGUAUCCGGAGUUUGCCAUCUCCGACCCCCCAAUCCCCCAGGAUCCGACCCGUCUUUCGCAAGACCCUCCUCCUUCUGCUACGAGUGCAGAGGCUGUGAAUGGCCGCAAGCGGUCGCGCGAGCCGGAGUCUUUCUCGGGGUCUUUACCAUCUCGGAUCCCCGAACAACCUCCCCGGAAUGGCGGGGAGCCCUCGCCGAAACGCCAGCGAACAGUCUCUCCCGGUACGGGGCAAGAAUCCAAAACCAGCACCGCUAAACCUCCUCUACCGCGUAUUCCAUUGAAAGCACUGGCAUCCGCAACGUCACAUUCGAAAAAUCCUUCAAAAGCAACAUCCGCGCCCGAGAAAGAUGACACAACCACCGAAGAAGGCGAGAUUGCGUCUGAUGAAAGGACUCCCUCUCGGCCUGCAGCGGCACAGCCUGCAGACUCGGUUAGAUCAGAUCCGCAAAAAGGGGACGUCGAUGAUGAGGGUGGAGGGGGUAGCGAAGAGGGUGAGAUUUAG